UCCCCAAACACAUGGCGCCUGUAAAUCUAAGCUAAAAUAUCAACAAUUCGAUCGGUUGAACGGACAGCAUUCGCCUUAUUUCAACCGAUCCCGAAUUUUCCUGCAGGCGAUCUGCGUUCCGUGCCGCCGGUCCUGAUUAGACCGCUUCAGAACCGAAUGUGUUUUCGGGAGGGAAACUUCACAGCUUCGGUUCCGAGUCAAACACGAUUCGAGUAAGCGGGCCCAGAAGUCGAAUAACACUGGGAUACACAAGGAUCAGUGGUCAUGUCUGGCAUUGCUCUGAGUCGACUUUCACAAGAGCGCAAAGCAUGGCGGAAAGACCAUCCAUUCGGCUUUGUUGCUGUGCCGACGAAGAACCCUGACGGUACCAUGAAUCUUAUGAACUGGGAAUGUGCUAUUCCAGGAAAGAAGGGGACUCCAUGGGAAGGAGGUCUGUUUAAGUUAAGGAUGCUGUUUAAAGAUGACUACCCCUCAUCACCCCCAAAAUGUAAAUUUGAGCCUCCGCUGUUCCAUCCGAAUGUUUAUCCGUCAGGAACGGUGUGUCUUUCCAUCCUAGAGGAGGAUAAAGACUGGAGACCUGCCAUUACCAUUAAACAGAUCCUGUUAGGGAUUCAGGAGCUCCUAAAUGAACCGAACAUACAGGAUCCGGCUCAGGCAGAGGCGUACACUAUAUACUGUCAGAAUAGAGUGGAGUACGAGAAGAGAGUUCGUGCACAGGCCAAAAAAUUCUCCCCGUCGUAAGCGAGACGGAGGGAUGGACGAAUGGAAAGAGGGAAUAUGUGAAUACUCAUGCUAUCCUCCCACCGGGACUAAAAGGACUUAAAACAUGAUGUCUGUGCCAUCGAGCCCUUCCCCUUCCCCUCCACCACAAAACAUCACACUCCUACACACUCCUCCUCUUCCCUUUUAAUUUCAUUUGCUCUCCGUUCCCUUUAGAACGCAGUCACCAAUUCAGUAUCCACAGAUCUUGUUUUCUUUCAAACCGGCUCGUAAGAAAUCACAUUCACAGCUUCAGUCUUCGAUCAAAAGUGGACUGUUGGGAUUUUAGCUCUUUAUUCAUUUGGCGUGUUUGUCUGUGUGCGCUUACAUACACUCGUCAUUUUAUUAUGUUCGUGAAGCUCCGUUUCCCCUUGAGUGAGUGAGUGAGCGAGUGCGUGUGUCCCGCGUGGCUCUGGUUUAGGUUGGUUUAUUACGUUACGUAUGUGGGAUAGUGCCUCAUGGUGAAGUUUCCCCCAGAACGCUGAUCUAGGACCAGUUUCCUCUCCAUUGGACGUGUUUGUAUUUGACCAGCCGCGUGGUCUUAGAUCUGUCUAGGAUUGUCUUAAUGCUGAUUCGUCGAAUAAAGUCCAGAAAAAUUGCUCUCCUGUGAGCAGCAGAACCAGAGUCCAAUUCUCUUGAACAUGCUGUACAUGGUUUCUUGUUUGUUUGAUGGGAACAUGUGUCCUGUGUUCACACUGAUUGUGUCUGUAUGUUUAAUAAAGCUCUUUCUAUAAAAUG